GCUCCCCAUCUACCCCUUCGGCUCUCUCUCUGUGGCCGAAACCCUCGCCUCCAGCACUUCCCCUCUACGGGUCCCUUCCCUCUCUCUAGUCUCUAAGCGAAACCCUUGUCUAUGUCCCUCUCCCGGUUUCGCCCAAAAUCAUCGCCUUCGUGAACGAACCCUCGCGAUAGAUUCCUGAUUAGAGCUAUCUGGGAAGGCAACGACGGGAUCGCGGCGUACAGAAUCCACUGAAACUUUCAUCGUACUCAUCCUUAAGCUCCACUCCGACCAGAAGCCAUUGAGGAAGCGCCUGGAAGAUGGCAAGUAAAGCCAGCGGUGAAAACAGGGAACCAAUGAAUGAGCAAGCCAUUGCCAGUAUAUAUGCUACAAUGCGCUCGGAGAUAAACCAGCUAUACUCAAAGAUCACUGAAUUGGAGAUGGAGGUCGGCGAACACUCCCUCGUAAUCGGAGCAAUACAGCCACUUGAUCCCUCCAGGGGUUGCUUCCGCAUGAUCGGCGGGGGGCUUGUUGAAAGGACCGUGAAGGAGGGUUUAUCUGCG